AUGCCGCCCCAGUCCUUUAAAGAGUUUCGAGCAGCAAUUGAAACCAUUUUAUGGCAACAAUGUCAAAAAGCGGAGUUUUCAGAAUUUUUUACAAGGGCAAAAAUCUGGAAAAAAGCCACUGCAUUCUCGGAAGUCAAACCGGAUAAGAGCUCAAUUAUACCGGAAAGACAAGUCCAAGCAAAAACGAAAUACUAG